UAGAAGAAGAAGAAGUCAACAAUUCGCAGCUGAUGCGUCUAGCGCCGAACCCGAAGAAGAAGACGAAGAAGAAAAAGAAGGAUGAAAGAUGGCGGCGGCACAGACCGAAAGAGAUCCGCCGUUCGCUCCCUGCGCUGACUUCAUGAACUUCUCCGCCAAAGACAUGGCCUCGCGGUGGCUGGAAGCAGAUGACCUGCCACAGGAGCUGUACCAUCACCUGGCAGUCUACAUACCCAGAGUCUUUUGCUUGGGGCCGAGUGGCGGCAGCUGCAGGGAGGAGCAGAGAGAGGAGCAGAGAGAGGAGUUGGCCUGUCAGCUCCUUCUACUUGCUCCUCUGGAGUGGCUCUUGGUGGGGGAGGAGCCAGCGACUGGUUUGGCGCAACUGCAGGAAAAAAACCAUCCAUCAUUGCUGUGUGGCCAUGUGUUCAAGGUGGGAGAGCCCACCUACUCCUGCAGGGAAUGUGCAGCUGACUCGACAUGUGUUCUGUGUAUGCAGUGUUUCCUGGGCAGUGUACACAAAGACCAUCGCUACAGGAUGACAACGUCAGGAGGUGGAGGUUUCUGUGACUGUGGAGAUCCUGAAGCUUGGAAGAUAGGUCCGUGCUGUCAGAAACACACACCUGCAGACGGCAGCAGAGACGACGAGGAUCCUGUAGCCCAGCUGCCUCCUGACAUGGUUUCCAGGGCAUACAGCAUCUUUUUCAUCAUCCUGAAGUAUGCUGUGGACAUGUUGACCUGGGAGAAGGAGGAUCAGCUUCCUGUCGGCCUGGAGCCACCGGAGAAAAGAGACGCCUACUACUGCAUGCUGUUCAAUGAUGAAGUCCACACGUAUGAACAGGUGAUCUACACACUGCAGAAGGCGGUCAACUGCAGUCAGAAGGAAGCUGUCAGCUUUGCCACCACCGUCGACAGAGAUGGUAGGAAGUCGGUUCAGUACGGGGACUUUCAAUUUUGCGACCAGGCCAAGUCCAUCAUUGUUAGGAACACCAGCCGCCAGUCGAAGCCCCUGCGGGUUCAGGUGAUGCACUCGUCUGUCGUGGCACAUCAGUGUUUCGCUCUGAAGGCUCUUACUUGGCUGGGACAGAUCAUUCAGCACUCUGGUGGCCUGAGGAGGAUCCUGUGCCAGGUGGGCCUACAGAAAGGUCCAGAAGGAGAGAACUCCUCGCUGGUGGACCGCUUGAUGCUGAACGACUCCAAGAUGUGGAAAGGAGCCAGGAACAUUUACCAUCAGCUACUGAUGAAUAGCCUCCUCAUGGAUCUCAAGUACAAGAAGUGCUUUGCCAUCCAGUUCGCUAAGAACUACAGGCGGCUGCAGACAGAUUUUAUGGAGGACGAUCAUGAGCGAUUGGUAUCGGUGACGUCGUUCUCUGUUCAAUUCUUCACCGUGCCAACCAUGGCUCGGAUGCUCAUGGUGGAGGAGAACCUGAUGACCACCAUCAUCAGGACUUUUGUGGAUCACCUCCGUCACAGAGACCCACAGGGACGCUUCCAGUUUGAUCGCUACACAGCCCAGCAGGCCUUCAAGUUUGGUAGAGUCCAGAGCCUCAUUGGAGACCUGAAAUACAUCCUGAUCAGUCCUCCCUUUGAGUGGAGCGAUCAGCUCCGACUGAAGUUUGUGGAAGGAUUUGAUGCUUUUCUGGAUUUGUUGAAGUGUAUGCAGGGUAUGGACCCAGUGGUAAGACAAGUGGGCCAACACAUUGAAAUGGAGCCUGAGUGGGAGGCAGCAUUCACGCUUCAGAUGAAACUGACUCACAUCAUAUCCAUGAUUCAGGAGUGGUGCUCCACUGACGAGCACGUCCUGAUCGAGGCCUAUAAGAAAUGUCUGUGUGCGCUCAGUCAGUGUCACGGCGGCUUGUCUGAUGGUGAGCAGCCAAUCAGCUUGAGUCUGGCCGGUCACUCUGUAGAUACGUUCAGGUACCAGGUGUCUCAGGAGAAGGUGUCCAUACACCUGCCGGUCUGCAGGCUGCUGGCAGGGCUCCAUGUUCUGCUCAGCAGAACGAAGGUGGCAUCCCGGUUCCCCGAGCAGCUGCCAUUGGGUGAACUCUGCCCCCAUCUCCUGAUUGAACUCCCACUGCGUUGCCUUGUGCUCUGUGCACAGGUGCAUGCUGGGAUGUGGAGGAGGAAUGGCUUCUCUCUGAUCAACCAGAUUUAUUAUUACCACAACGUCAAGUGCAGAAUAGAAAUGUUCGAUAAAGACAUCAUCAUGCUGCAGGUACAGCAGGCCACCAUCGACUCUACUCUGAUUCUAGUCUGACUCUAUAGUGUCCAUGCUGUGAAUCUACUCUGAUUCUAUUUAUCUGUUCCACAGGACUUGGUCCAGCAGAACACUCUAAUUGAGGAGAUGCUUCAUCUCAUCAUCAUGAUUGUUGGUGAGCGUUAUGUGCCAGGUGUUGGACAGGUGGAGCCUUUUGAUGAGGUCAGAAGAGAAAUCAUCCACCAACUGUCAAUCAGACCAAUGGCUCACAGCGAGCUGGUGAAAGCUCUUCCUGAGAACGGUAAUAAGGAGACGGGUCUUGAGCAAGUCAUCGACAGCGUGGCUUCUUUCAAGAAGCCCGGUGUGACUGGGCGUGGCCUGUAUGAGCUGCGACCCGAGUGGUACAGGUACUUUAACCUUUACUUCCAUCACUACACCCGAGCGGACCAGUCCAAGGCUGAGGAGGCUCAAAGGAAGCUGAGGACACAGGUUGGUGAGGACACAGCCCUGCCCCCACCAGUACCUCCUCCUUUGUGUCCGCUCUUUGCCAGCCUGGUGAACUUGCUGCAGUGUGAUGUGCUGCUGGCUAUAGAAGGCACUGUGCUGCAGUGGGCUGUGGAGCCGAGCAGCGGCGGCUGGACCGAGUCAAUGCUGCAGAGGGCACUCCACCUGGUGGGCAUGGCUUUGUUGGAGGAACAGCAGCAGCUGGAGAAUAGCAGCACCGAUGAUGACGUCAUCUUCAACUACACGUCUAAGAUCACACGUCCAGGUGAAGCUCCCAGCACUUCAGGAAGUGUUUUGGCUUUGUUGGAGAGUCUGCAGAAUGCUCCUCACUUGGAGGUCCACAAAGACAUGAUCACCUGGAUUUUAAAGAUGGUGGCAAACAUCAAAACCAUCAGAGAACGGACAUCAUCUACGUUCAGCAUCUCCGUCAACCAGGGACAAUAUUUGGAGGAGACAGUGAGGGACAAAGACAAGGCGGAGAGGAAGCGGAAAGCAGAGAUGGCUCGGCUCCGCAGGGAGAAGAUCAUGGCUCAAAUGUCUGAGAUGCAGAAACACUUCAUCAACGAGAACAAGGAGCUGUUCCAGCAGAGCAUGGAGGAGCUGGAGGCUUCCACGUCUGUUGCUGAGCACAGUCCUACCAGUUCAGAACUCACCUGUUCUUCUCUGAUGUGCGUUGGUCCCGGGAGGAUGGGCGGGACUGAGCGUCGUCAGCUGGUGACCUGCAUCCUAUGUCAGGAGGAGCAGGAAGUCAGAGGUCAUGGCAGAGCAAUGGUUCUGGCUGCGUUCAUCCAGAGGUCCACAGUUUUGUCUAAGAAUCGCAGUCGCAGCCUUCCUGACCCAGAGCACCACGACCCCCUGUUCAUGCACCCCGACCUGUCCCUGGGAAUUCACACAGCCAGCUGUGGACACAUCAUGCAUGCCACCUGCUGGCAGAGGUACUUUGAGGCUGUGCAGCUAAAAGAGCAGAGACGUCAGCAGCGGCUGAGAGGCCACACCAGCUAUGAUGCGGAAAAAGGAGAGUUUUUAUGUCCACUGUGCGAGUGUUUAAGCAACACUGUGAUCCCCUUACUGCCGCACACCUCCCCACCUGACCGCAGUGCUGAUCAUCCCAGUCUGGAGACGUGGCUGAAGACUAUCAGUCAGCAGAUAUCAGUGUUACACUUCACCCACAGGAAGCAGUCAAAUGACACAUUGGGAGGGGCGGAGCCUGCUGUUCCUGAUGGGUUCACAGUCAACUUUAUUCCACAGAUUCCAUAUUCUAGUAGCAUCAGUGAGAUGAUCAACACCUUCAGUAUAUCAGCCUACAAGGUGGGACUGAAGGUGAAUCCCAAUGAGCAGGACCCUAGAGUCCCGGUGCUGAGCUGGUCCACCUGCGCCUACACCAUCCAGAGUAUAGAGCGCCUCCUGAUGGAUGAAAAUAAGCCAUUGUUUGGAAGUUUACCUUGCCGACAGGAUGACUGUCUGAGCUCUCUGACCAGGUUCAGCUCAGCCUGCUGGACUUCAGCUCCACCUAGAACAGUCCAUGCUCACCUCAUCAGACUGCUCUCAGUUCUGGUUCCAAGCCUUCAAGUAGAAGACACUCCAUGUAUUUUUGACAUUGACAUGUUUCACCUGCUGGUGUAUAGUGUGUUGUCCUACAGCUCACUUCACGGUCUCGACCAAUCAGGACGAACGUCUAUAGAUUCUUCUCAUCUCCAUCUCCUUCAUCUGAUCACUGUGGCUCACCUGGUUCAGAUCCUUCUCACCACCACAGCAGAAGAGCUGUGUAUGGAUCAGGACAGUGAAGCAUCAGAGGAGGAGGAGCUCACCUGUCAGCUCUACAGCACUCUGAGGCAACACCUGGGCAGUGUGUUGCCUGAAGUGUCCUCUGGCUGGUGGCAGCGCUGGAGUUGUGUUAAAGCUGGCAUCCUGCCAUUCCUCCGUACCGCUGCCCUUUUCUUUCACUACCUGAACUCUUCAACACCUCCUGCUGAUCUGCUGGUUGCAGGCCCUAGUCAGUGGGAGUCACUGUGCAGCUACCUCAGCCUGCCCUCCAACCUGCUGUUGCUCUACCAGAGCCACCAAACACUCCUGGAGCCUCUCAUUCACAGGUGGUGCCGUCAUCCAGGUGUGGUGCAGGCGCUGCAGAGGGGCAGAGUCAUCGUCACUUUUCCAAGAGAGUCAAAUAAACUGAUAAACCUGCCAGAAGAUUACAGCGUCCUGAUCAACCAGGCAUCCAGCUUCACGUGUCCGCGCUCGGGUGCAGAUAAGUCCCGUGCUCCCACUCUGUGCCUGGUGUGUGGCUCCAUGCUCUGCUCCCAGAGCUACUGCUGUCAGACAGAGGUGGAUGGAGAGGACGUGGGAGCCUGCACCGCCCACACCUUCAACUGUGGAGCAGGUGUAGGCCUCUUCCUCAGGGUCAGAGAGAGUCAAGUGUUGUUUGUGGCAGGUAAAACAAAGGGCUGUUUCUAUCCUCCACCUUACUUGGACGACUAUGGAGAGACGGACCAAGGCCUCAAGCGGGGUAACCCUCUCCACCUAUGUUUGGAGCGUUACAGGAAGAUUGAGCACCUGUGGAAGCAGCAUGGUAUCGCUGAGGUCAUAGGUCAUGCCCAGGAGGCCAACCAAACACUCGUUGCUAUCGACUGGCAGCACCUGUGAUGGUGGACUUGCCCCGUCCACUUUUCUUAAAACUCUUCUUUACACCAAUUAGCUUCUUGCAGCCGCAUGCUGAGCUCAAAUCAGCUUUCAGGGAUUUUUUAGGGUGUUUGACUCUUUACCUUUGACAUCUUUUUUCAGAGGCAAUAAAUGCAGCAUCAUCUGUUUUGAAAGCAAAGCCCCACUUACCUGUCAGAUGUAUCUGAUGCGCUCAAAUUCUUCUUUCUGACUGACUGACAGGUCAGGGGUCGUCACAGAGCAUCUCCAUGGCAAUAGCGUUAAAAGGUGUGAAAUCAAAAAUGACCAGAUCUGACCAAUCAGCUGUGUAUCUCAUGGAAGUGGACAGAGCUUCUGGAAAACUUGUCUAAUGUAUUGAUUAGGAAGCAUUUGUGGGUUUUAGUUCAGUUUUAAUGUUUUAACACGGUGGUUGUGUGCAACAUCACUUCCUGUUUGAGUGUGUUUGGGUUCAGAGUUUGAAUU